GACGUUGACCCAUUAGUCGAGCACGAGUUCCAUCAGUUUUUGCGCCAUUCCGCUCGUGUGCGCAAUAUAACCAUACUAUCAACCAGCAAUUAUUUUCACCUUCUUACGACCCUUCCCAUCAAGACAUGUGUGUUUCCGAAUCUGCGGUCGUUAUCCUGGUUGGUUCUAUGCACGGAAAUAGGAGACUUGCGCUUUUUCCUGCCCCCAACGUUGCGCCGUUGUUAUGUAUCCGAGGAACUCCACUUAGAUAUGAAAUAUAUUGGGCCACGCUGUCCUGAUAUGGAGGAGUUUAUCGUCCAUGGGGGUAGCAGCGGGGUGCGACUCUCUGAAACCCUUCGUUCAUGCAAGAGGCUCAGACAUCUGCAAUGUCCGCCAUUCGACUCGGCAGCAUGGAUGCACCUUUCUACCAUCCCCACCCUUCUCGAGGUGAAGAUUUACACAUUACGCAUGAUUAAUGUUCAUUACCCCUUGGACAAUCUCGAUUUUGCAACUUUCCUUCACCUCACGACUCUUUCGCUCUCAGGUGGAAUAGAAGCCGCAUCCGCUGUCGCAAUCAUACAACAUUUCAAAUUCCCUUCGUUCAAGGAGUUCGAGAUGCGUGUCCAUGAACACACAAGCGACUCGUUGAUGGCAGUCAGACAGUUUUUCUGCUUCAAGGAACUGCGAACGCUGAAGCUAUAUUUUCAUCGCCCCAUCUACUUCGACGAUGACCUUUUUUUUGAGGCCAUGACAAAUUGGCCGCAUAUUCACUCCCUAUCGUUGGUGAAUUGGGAUUCUUCUCCAGCUACCGUUACAUUUCGCGGGUUGUUCGCGGCGCUUCGUUUAUGUCCGCAGUUGCAAGACCUGCAAGUAUUGGUCGACGCUCGGAAUAUCGAUAUCGAGCCUGAAGUCGAGUCGUUCCAACAUACUUCCCUGAGAUAUCUGACCGUGGACUCGUGUGGGCUUGAAGCCGUGAAUGUUGAAACUGUUGCUCGCAUCAUUUACUCCAUGCUUCCUGCCGUCAACCGAGUUAUGUGCGGUGUCCCACGAUUGUGGCACGACGUCAACAAGCAUCUCGAUAUGCUUAGAAACAAACCGUCCUCGGCGCCUGAGGCCUGA